UAUACAUAUGCACAUGCAUAUUUUAUGCCUUUGUGAAAUUAAUUUACUUGAAGCUUAGUGAGAUAUAAGUUUGCGUGUGAUACAAGUUUAAGAGGACCGAGGGAUUGCUUAUUUCAUCUUUCUUAAUUAAAAAUAUCAUAGUGCGUGGUCAGUGAAAUAAGUGUUAAGUGGUCUGAAUCAAUUCAAUUUUAUUUCUUACAAGACGUUUAGUUAACCAACUACUUACUCGAAAUAUAUUCUAACCCGUAAUGUAUUUGAGAUUUUGCAGCAGCGAACAAAUUAAAAAGAUAGAGUAUAUAAGACCAAUUACAACAAAGUCUCAUUUCUGUUUUCAGCCAAUCAAAGCUAUUGGACUUCGUUCAGUAAGUGCCUUCUUAUUUGAUCGAGACAUCUUUUGGUUGAAUAACGUGGAAUACUCGCACACUGUAAUAUUACAGCAAGGCAUGAGCAAAUUUGCGCAAAUUAUCCUUGACUUUCAAAUUGGGUGGAGGAAACUUACUGAUCCUGGUGACUGACAAGACACCAACUUCACAACAGAAAACGUUAAGCGAUAGCAGUAGCUUUUGUCAAAUGCAAAACUAUUAUCAUAGAUUGAUCAUUGAAAGAAUAUCAGAAAAUAACUUCAAAAUGACAGUUGAUUGGUAUCGGUAGCAGACAGUUUACUUUAUUUUGAGUUCCUAUUUAUAAUCAGCUGUCGGGCAUUUGACAUAUAUAGCAUAUUGGACUUUGAUGACAU